AUGAAUACAAUAAGUAUUGCUGUGUUAACUAUUAUACUUGGUGAAAUAUUUCUUUUUAGCUUUAUGAUAAUAAGUACUCUUAUAAUUUAUUAUCAUUUUGCUCAACCAAAUGAACCAACAAUUGAUAUUGAUUCAAUAGAAAUGAGUGAUCAAAAUGAAAAUAUUAUUCCAUUAAAAUCUCAAUUAGAACAAUUUCAAUAA